AUGGCUUCUCUAUUUUCUAAGCGUUUGACCUGCUUUUAUUGUGGGCAGCGGUCUGCUCAUUUUCAUCGCGGGCCUGUUCGCAAUUUCCGCUGUGAACAUUGUGAAGCUGAUAACUUCUUCGACGAGGAGAAAUCACCGACCCACCAGCUGUGGUCACCAACGCUGAAGUCUACGCGCCUGGCGCAUCAGACUCGCCCUUCGAAUCCACUGACUUCGGUGGAUCUCAGUCAUUUUGCGCCAAAUGUGCUCGGAACCAGCAUUUAUUUACGAGCUCACUGGCUUCCUACUUUCCCCCCCUCAGACGAUCCCACCGAUAGCGAAUACGAACGCGGGUAUGAGCAGUUCCGCAGACGCCUGGAGGACCGAUACCCCCAGGUUUGCGAGUCUUGCGAGCCCGUUGUGAAAUCUCGCAUCAGAAGAGCUGGCUACGAAGCGAAAUCGGAUCACCUCAGGCGCAUGAUGGAACAAAGCCGAGCAAACCGAGAAUCACGACAGGCAAGGAACCGGAGCUGGAGAAGCUUGCUUCUUUUUGUGGGCGCACUUGCAUAUUGGGCUAGUAUUGCUGGUCAACUAGUGUGGAACUUGAUCAGUGUAGCCACCCUCUCCCAGAUCUCGCCAAGUUUCGAUUAUUUACCCGACACCGGACGAUCUCCAAUGGCACCCAACUCUGUGAUCUCGUGCGUCAACCAGUCUAUUCGUUUACAGCGCAUUCCUAGCGAUUGUUCGCCUGAUCUAGCACCAACUGCCGGUCUGGCAUUAAUUGCAGGUGCACUUUCGCUCUGGUGGAAUCCAAAGCUGCGCAUGAAGAUAGAAGGAAUGCCCGGUAAAUUCCGCGGUCUUGCAGAGUACUACCAAGCUCAACUCAUCGUCAUGGUGGUACGGUGUGUUUUCUGGGCAGUAGUCAAGGAUCCGUCUGCCAGUGGGUUAGAACCCAAAUUGGUUCCGGCCUUCCAUGCUUUGAUGUCGGUUUUCACUGUUCUGUCGGUUUUGUUCUCUCGACAUGUUGUCAGCUACUCUAGUCGUCCACUUGUCAAUUGGUCUGAUAACAGCUGGGAAACUCAAUUCGAAAGCCCCAAAGCGUCUUCUUCUGCACUGCCCGAGUCACCUGUGUCCACUCGCAUCACAAGAUCUGCCGGAACACCGAAGGCGAACAUUGGUGGAUUCCAGCAGCGCUUUCCUAUUGACAAAUUGGCCCAGCGUCAAUCUCCGUCGCCCGUCGAGCAGUCGCUUACGGUUGCCUCCCAUCUUACGGAUAAUGAUGGCAUGGAUUGGUCCCCUUCUAUUACCCAUAACCUCCGGCCCACUGUGACACAGCGAGAUCAGCCGUCAGUGCUCGAUGGUCCCCAUCCAUUUCAGGGGCAGAUCCCAGCAGCCCCGAUGCCUCCUGCGUGGAAGCUUCGCACCCAGACUUCAACAAAGCCCAUCGAGCAAGUGAUUCAGCCUAAUCCGUUCCACCACAGUACUACCCAACCGCAAGGCCAAUGGCAGCAAAGGCGUGCCGAUGCUGAACCAGUGUUCAAGGAACCAAAGUUCUUUCCUCCUAAUGAUCAUGAUACAUCUACUGGGCUGGAAACACUGUUUGACCGUGCCUUUAAUUUCCAGUCUGAUGCUGCCCAAGGACCUGGCUGGUCUCAGCAACCGCGGAACACGCGCCUCGAUGAAACGCAAAGUUAUCUCUUUUAUGGGUGUCUCCGACUAGGUCUGCUAGUCAGCUUUAUCAGCGCAUGGACAAUCUCUCAGAAUCACCAGGUCUUGAUUCCAGGGAAUUAUGUGGAGAUCGCUGCCCUAGGCGCGGCAAGCCUUGUUGCUGGGUUCGCUUUGAUCACCAUGGUAAAAAGGCCUCUUGUGCAAUGGAAUGGCAUGGAGAUCUUGAUUUCUAUCACGGAACUUGGCGCCGCUGUUCACAUGGGGGCACAUCUGCCCACAGUUUCGCUUAACCGGGACUACUUCGAUCGCUACGGCAAACUACUCCUAAUUUUCAUGGCCGCACAGGAAACUAUGAAUGUAUUAUCCUUCUACAAUAAGGCCAGAUUAGAAAGCCGGCAGCACUCAGGAUCCGUAUCACCACAGCCGCAACUACAAUCACCGCAUCAGACUCAAUUGGGUGCCCUUGACUGGCCCACAAGUCAAUCUUCAUCCAAGUCUACACCUGAGCCUCGAGUCAGCAGCGCCCCUGUGCGAUCAUUUGAGUCACAACCAUCCGCUCCUCCACUUUCAUUUGGCGAUACCGAUGCGGCCACCAGUUUCUCUUCAGCAUUACCUUCCGUGCCACAGUAUGGGCUUACCUCGUCUCGAACUGUCCACUCGUUCCCCGCUGCCAGUCAGAACACCUUCAACCAAAAUAGAAACCCACAUAGUUUCACUAUGGAAUCUCUAAAGCAAAUCGACCCCGUGUCUGAUUAUGAGCGAGAUUCGGACACCGAGACUAUAGCCACAACUACAACCGCCGCCACAAACUUCACCAACCGCAACAUUCGGUAUGGGAAUAACCCCGGUCUGGGUUCCAACCCCUUUUACUCACCCCGGCGGAAUGGUCUUGGAUCAGGCAUGGGCGGUUUGAGCUUGGAUGAUGAUCCUACUCCCCGCCGCAUGACUCGCAGCCAGACCCAGCAUGGGCUACUUGGUCGGCGUCCCACCAACUACGUCCGAUGA